AUGGACUUGCUCGAUGUGCUUCCGGAUUUCGACCUCAAACCCCAUACCCACCUUCUUCACUCCCUAGAUAAAAACAAUGUUUCGGUUUCACAGCUGGUUGCCCUUGCACCUACUGAGAUCGCGCGCCUAUGCCCCCUUCCACCGCGCGACGUUGACAGGCUAGUGAGAGAUAUCGUCAAGGCCCUUCAGCAGGAUACGCUGAGGGGUGUGAAAAGGAAGCGCAAGAACACAGCAGACACACCGGGCGAACGUCAAUUUGAGGCAACAGGGACCAAGAUCAAUGAGCAAACCGGGGUCAGCACUUCUGAUUUGAAUUUCGACAGGGCACUGAACGGGGGCAUCCGACCUGGUUACAUUACGGAGGUGGUGGGGGAAUCUCGCACCGGAAAGACCACUUUCGUUCUGGGAUUGUUGCUUUCGGUCCAGCUUGCCCCGCCAGUUGGCCUAGGGAAAGCCGGGAUUUUUAUCACCUCUGAAGGACCUCUCAACACCAAGCGACUAAAUCAGAUGCUUUCUUCAUACGCUGACAUCCUCCCCGAACAACGACCGUCGCUUGACCGUGUUCAUACAAUCACUGUCACUGAUCUAGAAGCGCAGGAACACAUCCUUCGUUACCAACUACCUGUUGCGAUUUCGCGCUAUAACGUCGGAUUGGUGGUCCUGGACUCGGUCACGGCAAAUUUCCGCGCGGAAUACGGCACUCGCACAGCUGCUCAGCUAGUUGAUCGAGCUGCGGAACUGACCAAUCUCGGAAACACGCUGAGACAGCUUGCUAUCGAACACGAUGUCGCGGUCGUGGUCACGAAUCAAGUAUCAGAUCGCUUCGACGACUCUAAAAAUCUCUUUCGUUCCUCACCAGCAGCGACCUCUUCUCCUGCCGCGUCUUUGCAGAAUCUGCCUCCCGCAGUGGCAGAGCGUCGGCAGGAGACACAGAGCCUGGAUCACCAACAGCGCUUCUUUACAGGAUGGGGGGAUGACAAAGGGAACACGCAGCACGAGCAAUUAAAGACUCCAGCACUCGGCUUAGCGUGGGCCAAUCAGAUUUCUGCUCGCAUUGUCCUUAAGAUGGAAAGUGAGCGACAGGAAUAUGCGGGAGGCAGCGUUUGGAAAGACAAGAACCCAAGUCGGACCUUUGCAGUAGUCUUUGCUCCGUGGGCACCUACCACUAAACCACCAAUUCGGUAUGAAAUUGCAGCACAGGGUAAUGUUUCGAUCACGGAACCCGAAAAGCUGGUGGGAGCAUCCAAGGUGACAGAUGGCGAGCAUGCGGAAUUGCUGGACGAGGCGCUCUGGGCCACAGAUGAGGACGAUGAGUUCCCGUAA